AUGGAGACAGAGGAGUGCAUCGAUGCAGACAAAAUGCAGGACAAGUGCAAGGAAACUAUGCAUGCGAACCAGAGAAUAUACUUCUUCACUAUGAACAGCAUAAGUGUUAGGUGCGGCAAGAAGGUCAACGACAAUGGAGAAGGUCAAGGAGAUCGCGGUAGGAAACAACGCAGUAGGGAGAUCGCCGCCGUCGCGGUUGUGAAGGAUCGAUCAUUGGAGAAGACGUUCCGCGCCGACGGCGAGCAGAAGCCGUUCGCGCAGGCCAAGCUGCAGCUGCAGAGCUUCCCCACCAUGCUCCUGUUCCCGAGCCGCACCGCCAGGCCCAUCAAGUACCCGUCGGAGAAGAGAGACGUCAACUCGCUCCUGUCCCCGAUCUGGUCCCGGCCACUGCAAUCAGGUGCUUCUAUGGAAGGACGGGCGUGUGCUGUUACUAAUGGUAAUAGUAGCCAUGCUUCAAAGCUGGACUGUCCUUUGUCCAAAAGAGAUGAUGCAGGUGUUUUUGAUGCCUUUGGACAAAUUGAAGUAUCUAUCAACAAGGCCUCACAGGUUACCUUGUUGAAUCUAAUGAGUAACAAGGGGGAGCAUUUCCUUUACCAAACUGGGCCUGAUUGGAAGAAAGUAGUUGUACCUGAAGAAGCAAAAGCUCUGUUUUUGGAAGGCGACAACUUGGAGAAGGUAGUGAUGGAAAGGAAAUGGAAUAAUCUAUCUGAUGAUGGCGAGGCCUGGGGAAUGUAAUGUGGGCUUUAGUUUCAGUUUCGUUUUGCAACUAUAGUUUCUCCGUGGUGGGUGUGUUUGUUUUACACUGUCGGUUUGGUAUCUUGAUGUAUUGAAUGCUUUAACUGAUGGGCUUUGGGAUAUAAAGGCCCGGGCUAUGCCCAUUAUCUCUAAACAACCAUCU